AUGUAUCGUAAUCGCACACAGAAAUCCAUUUCCAAGGCCAAGUUGAAUUUUUAUGCUAAUAAAAUUCGUAAUCUCAAGUCCUCUGACCCAUCUUUGUGGCAUCGUGGUAUACAGCUCAUUGCAAACCGUGUUAAAGGAUCGCCAGUUAUUAAUGUUCCUGGUAUUUCUCCUAUGAACAAUGAUGGUAUAGCCAACCAUAUUAAUAUGAACUUUGCGAAAAUAACUCAAAGUAGACCAUCUAUUGAUAUCAAUGACCUACAUGCUUUCCUUCCUGCAAAAACGCCCUGUAAAAUUGAGGAAUACGUAAUGUAUGAGCAACUCUGUAGAAUCAACCCUUAUAAGUCGCCUGGUCCUGAUUGCAUCCCAAAUAGGAUUAUCAAGGACUUUGCUUGUGAACUGAGUAUACCUUUGACAGACAUUUUCAAUACAUCACUCAAAGAUGGUGUAGUUCCUCAUAUCUGGAAGACGCUUUUGUAG